AUGGGGCUGCUGCUGCUGCCCGGGGAGCGCGGCGUCCUGCCGGGGCUCUGCUCGGCUCUGCUGCGCCGGCUGCGAGGCGAGAAGUCCUGGGCCAGGAAGCUCGACGAAAUCAACCUCUUGCAGCAGAAGAGGAUCUGGGAAUCUCCUCUCCUCCUGGCUGCAAAGGAAAAUGAUGUCUCCACAAUCCAGAAGCUGCUGGCCAGCCAUAGCUGUGAUCUUCAGGAGAGAGGUGCUGUUGGGGAAACGGCUCUUCAUGUUGCUGCCUUGUACAAUAGUUUGGAAGUUGCUCAGCUCCUUAUGAAUGUAGCUCCAGAACUUGUGAACGAGGCUAUGACAUCAGAGUUAUACACCGGGGAAACAGCUCUUCACAUAGCAGUGGUGAACAAAAACCUGGACCUGGUGAAAGCUUUGCUUGAGAAAGGGGCAGAUAUUAAUGGCCCACGAGCUACCGGCUAUGUCUUCAGGCACAGAAGUGACAAUCUUAUCUAUUUUGGAGAACAUAUUUUAACUUUCGCAGCCUGCGCAGGGAACGAAGCGAUUGUGCGACUGCUCAUUGAACAUGGCGCCAUCAUCCGGGUGCAGGACUCCUUGGGUAACUCCGUCCUCCACAUCUUAGUUCUCCAACCUAACAAAGCAUCUGCAUGUCAAAUGUACAACCUGUUUCUCUCCUUCAACAAAGAGGACAAGGACCUGGACUCGAUUCCCAACAACGAGGGGCUCACUCCAUUUAAGUUGGCUGGCGUUGAGGGCAACACUGUGAUGUUCCAGCAUCUAAUGCAAAGAAGAAAGCACAUCCAAUGGACUUUUGGGCCUUUGACGUCCACCUUAUAUGACCUCACGGAAAUCGAUUCAUGGGGUAAUGAUCAGUCUCUCCUGGAGCUCAUUGUCACCUCCAAAAAAAGAGAGGCACGGCGGAUCCUAGACCUUACCCCUGUGAAUGAGCUGGUAAGCUUGAAGUGGAAUAAAUAUGGAAGGCCGUAUUUCUGUGUCUUGGCCUUAUUCUACGUCCUGUAUAUGAUUUGCUUCACAAUGUGUUGCGUCUACCGGCCUCUGAAAAAACGAAGCUGUAACAAAACGCAUGAAAGGGAUAAUACCAUCUUUGUUCAGAAACUUUUGCAGGAGUCCUACGUAAGUCCCGAAGAUGAUCUCAGACUUGUGGGUGAGCUCAUCACAGUUAUAGGAGCCAUAGUGAUACUUAUUCUGGAGAUUCCAGAUAUCUUUCGUGUUGGAAUCACCAAAUAUUUCGGGCAAACAAUCCUCGGAGGACCUUUCCACGUCAUCAUCAUCACAUAUGCUUGUAUGAUCCUGGUGACCAUGGUGAUGCGUCUCACAAGCACAGAUGGAGAGGUGGUCCCCAUGUCCUGUGCCCUGGUGCUGGGCUGGUGCAACGUCAUGUAUUUCGCUCGAGGGUUUCAGAUGCUGGGGCCCUUCACCAUCAUGAUUCAAAAAAUGAUCUUUGGAGACUUGUUACGAUUCUGCUGGCUAAUGGCGGUGGUGAUCCUUGGGUUUGCCUCUGCAUUUUAUAUCAUCUUCCAAACAGAAGACCCAGAUGAGCUGGGCCAUUUCUAUGACUACCCCAUGGCCCUCUUCAGUACGUUUGAGCUGUUCCUCACCAUCAUCGAUGGGCCUGCCAACUACGAGGUGGACUUGCCUUUUAUGUACGGGGUCACCUACUCUGCCUUCGCUGUCAUUGCCACCCUUCUGAUGCUCAACCUGCUGAUUGCCAUGAUGGGUGAUACCCACUGGCGUGUGGCCCAUGAACGGGACGAGCUUUGGAGAGCGCAGGUUGUUGCCACUACAGUAAUGCUAGAGCGCAAACUCCCACAGUGCCUCUGGCCUCGUUCUGGCAUCCGGGGGCAGGAGUACGGGCUAGGCGACCGGUGGUAUCUCAGGGUUGAAGGUCGGCUCGAAGUCCGGCAGCAAACGUACCAGUUAAGGGCUAAGACAUUUGAGCCCCACCGAAGAGAUGCCUUUGAAAAAUACUUGAAGGUCAAACUGGCAGGGCAGACAGAAGAUGGACAGAUUUACUCAAAGCAGCAGAGGUCCUUCAGCACUCCUUCUGACACACCAAAUGUAUCACGGAGGAGCUCAAGUCGUGGCUGGGACAUCUUACGGCAUAACACACUGGGCCACCUGCAAGGAUACACCAAUCACGCCAUGGAAGAAGAGGAGGUCUACCAUGUGUAAGCAUAGGAACUAUGACCUCUGUGCCCAUGGAUCACACCAGCCUAAAUUCUUUGGCACGGAUUCUUGUGAAAUGACUGUUGAUGGUUUGGAACUUUUACUGUUGGAAGACUCAGGAAACAUUUUUUGUUAUAGAAGUGCAAGCAAGUACACCAAAGUUGUAGCAUUGCCACAAGUCUAAGGAAUUUUGUGGGGGAUGGCUGGGGUGGUGGCAUCCUCUUUGAUUUCAGAACCUCCCAUAGGUGUUUUUAAAUCUU